AUGUCCUACCAUUUCCUGCCCUCCCGCAACUUCCCGAUCCGCUGGGCUUUUCCUCCAGCACUGCGAUCCCUGAGGCUUCUCUUUGGGUUUGCCGUGCUGGGCGUUCUUUGCUUGACGGUCGCCGGCUGCGGCCGCGAUCUGGGGGCGUCUACCAAGGGGUGGGGUUCCGUUGCGGUGGCCAACGGCGUCGUAUACGCCACCACGUUGUCGGGCCAGGUCUACGCCUUGGACGACAACGGUUCGGAAGGCGUGAGCACCCGUUGGGUGUCGGCGGUCGGCGCCGAGGGUGGGCUCGGUGGCGCUUACAGUUCACCCGCCGUGGGCCGAUAUGUCUACGUCUCCGGCAUAGACGGCUUCCUGUAUGCCUUCGAUGGAUCUGCCGGCGCCGGCUCGGCCCAGGUGGUUUGGCGCCAGCCCCAGAUCGAGGCGGAGGACAUGCCGCCGCUGGUCAGCAGCCCGGCGCUGGACGAAGCCGGCGGGAUCAUUGCCGUUGGCUCCGAAGACGGUGGCCUCUACGCUUACAACGCCUUGACCGGGGAUAACCUGCGUUGGUCGCCCUUCCGCACCGAGGGGAAAAUCUGGUCAACCCCGGUCCUGCGCAACGGCGUCGCUUACUUCGGCUCGCAGGACGGCAGUGUUUACGCCGUCAGUCUGGAAACCGGCGCUCUCAUCUGGCGCUUUGACACCGGAGGCGCGGUAGUCGCUACCCCGCUCAUCCACAAGAACCUCCUGAUAGUCGGCUCCUUUGACCGCCAGUUGUAUGGCCUCGGCCUGAAUGAUGGCCAACCACGUUGGCAAUUCGGCGCCGAGAACUGGUGGUGGGCAACCCCCGUCUCUUCCGGCCGCGCGGUGUACGCCGCCUCCAUGGAUGGCAACGUGUACGCCCUGGACGACAACGGUGUGCUGCUUUGGACCUACGACAUGGGAGAUCCCAUUGUCGCUGAUCCCGUGCUGGUGGAACGUGGUCUGGUGGUCGCGUCGCAGGAGGGCCGGGUCGUGCUCCUUCGCGCUUCGGUUUCCGCCCAGGAGCCUCCCCAGGAAAUCGCCUCCUUCAGCAUCCGCGACGGCGAGAUCAAGGCGCCCCUGGUUAAAUCGAGCACCAUCGGCUUCGGCGGCUCCAACGAGCAAGAGGUCGUUUACGUCGGUACCGAUGACGGGAAGGUCCGCCGGCUUCAGGUGCUGUCCGGCUUUACGCCCCAUUGGUGCUACGACACGGAGGACAACGUGCUAUGUCCCCGCAACUAG